AAAUAAUUCUCAUCGCUCAGUGCCAAAGUUUUCGAUCAAUCUAUGUAGGUAGUAUAUGAUCUUUCCCUAUUGUUUGUGUCUGCACAUGGAAGUAUAAAAUAAUGGCACCAAUAACCGGUAUGUUCGUUGAAGUUUUUUCGCCACUUCAAGAAUUCACUAAAGUUAAAGUAGAGCCUGUUGGAAAAUGGUUCGAACAACUUCAAGCAGUCAAGGCAAAUGAAUAUAGUCUUCAUGUAACUUCUGGAAAUUUAGCAGAGAAUGAAGAUGAAGAUGAUGUAUCAUCUGAAGAAGAUGAACAUUUUGAAGAUAACUCAGAUUAUUUAAGAAAAUUAGAUCCCAAAGAUUGGAAGAAUCAAGAUCAUUAUGCUGUAUUAGGUUUGAAAAAGAAAAGAUACUUAGCCAAAGAAAGUGAAAUUAAAAAAGCAUAUAGAAAGAAAGUUUUAGUCCAUCAUCCAGACAAACGGCGUGGUGCUGGAGAAAAUGUCAAAGAUUUAGACCAUGAUUAUUUCUCAUGCAUCACUAAAGCUUAUGAAAUUCUUGGAAAUUCUACUAAACGGCAGUCAUAUGAUAGUGUAGAUCCAGAAUUUGAUGACAUUGUACCCCCUGUUAAUAACUACUCUAAAGAGCACUUUUUUGAAGAGUUCGGACCCAUCUUUGAAUCAAAUGCAAGAUGGUCUAAUAAAAAACCUGUGCCUCUUUUAGGAAAUAAAAACUCUACUGUUGAAGAAGUAGAUGCUUUCUAUAGUUUUUGGUAUGAUUUUGAUUCAUGGAGAGAAUUUUCAUACUUAGAUGAAGAAGAAAAAGAGAAAGGGGAAAAUCGAGAAGAAAGAAAAUGGAUUGAAAAACAAAAUAAAAUAGCACGACAAAAGCGAAAGAAAGAUGAAAUGGCUAGAAUAAGGCUAUUGGUUGACAAUGCUUAUGCAUGCGAUCCCAGGAUCUUGAAGUUUAAGGAAGAAGAAAAACAGAGGAAGUUGGCUCAGAAGAAAGCUAGGGAAGAAGCCGCUCGUCAGAAAAUAGAAGAAGAUAAACGAAGAAGACAGGAAGCUUUGGAAGAAGAACAGAGACAGAAAGAAAAAGAAGAGGAGGAAGCCAAACUUAAGAGAGAGAAGGAGAAAAAAGAAAAAGAGGCCCUUAAGAAGCAGCAAAAGCGUGAAAAAAAAUUGUUGCAACAGAUCUGUGAACGAAAUAAUUACUUUGCUUCUGAUGAUGAGACAAAAAUUGCACAUUUAAAAGAAGUUGACAAAUUAUGCAAUCUCUUAUCAUUGCAAAAACUUCAAGAUUUGAAUACAGCUCUUCAGAAAGAAGAUGAUAGUAAUAAGAAGAAUGUAUUCUUGCUAGAAGUGGAAUCUUUAAAAAAGCAAAUGGAAUUAGAGAAAGAACAACUUAUUGCAUCUGCACAACGAUCUUCCUCAAGUAGUGAAGACAAAAAGGCUUCUCAGAAGCCUUGGUCCCCUGCUGAUCUCCAGCUCUUAGUAAAAGGUGUCAAUCUUUUUCCUGCCGGCACAAACAAUAGGUGGGAAGUUAUAGUGGCAUUUAUGGAACAGCAUUCAACUUCAAAUGUGAAAAGAACAGCUAAGGAAGUGCUUGCAAAAGCAAAAGAGUUGCAAAAACGAAGUGGUGGAUUAAGAGAGGAAAUCAACAAGAAUGCUUAUGAGGCUCUUGAAAAGAACCAGAAGCAAAUCCCAGUGGCUGUCAAAGAUCAGUCUGCUCCUACAGAAAGAUUUGAUGUUCCUGAAGAAACUCCUAAUGCAUGGACAGCAGAGGAGCAACAGCUUUUAGAACAGGCACUCAAGACCUAUCCCAAUAAUACCCCUGAAAGGUGGGAAAAGAUAGCAGCCUGUAUCCCUGGAAGAGAUAAGAAAGAUUGCAUCAAGAGGUACAAGGAUUUGGUAGAAAUGGUUAAGGCAAAGAAAGCUGCACAAGCAACAGUUGCAACUAAAGCUAAAAAAUAAGUUGAACUAUAAAUUAUUUUUAGCAAUGUCAUAUAAUACUGGGCAGUUCACAUUGUGAUAUUUUUAAUAUGUUCCCUGUAAAAAAUUGUAAAAUAAAUAUACUGUAUUCAUAAUA